AACAGUUAAGGGUUGUAACGGUCGCCCGGUUCUGGAGCAACAAUGGCGGCCUUAGGGCCCGGAGGCUACGCGCGGAACGAUGCAGUCGAGAAGCAGCCGUCUAUCAUGGCGGGAGUUCCGGCGCGGAGGGGUCAGUCCUCCCCGCCCCCUGCCCCUGCGCUCUGCCUUCGGCGGCGGACGCGACUCAUGGCGGCGCCCGAGGACACGGUGCACAACCGGGUGUCACUCGAGAAGAUACUUGGCAUCACAGCCCAGAACAGCAGUGGCCUAACCUGUGACCCUGGCACAGGCCAUGUGGCCUACCUGGCAGGCUGUGUGGUGGUGAUUUUGAACCCCAAGGACAACAAGCAGCAACACAUCUUUAAUACUGCAAGGAAGUCUCUGAGUGCUCUGGCCUUCUCCCCUGAUGGGAAGUACAUAGUGACAGGGGAGAACGGGCACAGGCCUGCCGUGCGCAUCUGGGACGUGGAGGAGAAAAGUCAGGUGGCGGAGAUGCUGGGUCACAAGUAUGGUGUGGCCUGUGUGGCCUUCUCACCCAAUAUGAAGCACAUCGUGUCCAUGGGCUACCAGCAUGACAUGGUACUCAACGUCUGGGACUGGAAGAAAGACAUCGUGGUGGCCUCCAACAAGGUAUCAUGCAGGGUCAUUGCCCUCUCCUUCUCAGAGGACAGCAGCUAUUUUGUUACCGUUGGAAACCGGCAUGUGAGGUUCUGGUUCUUGGAAGUUUCCACUGAAGCAAAGGUGACGGGCACAGUGCCCCUCGUGGGGCGCUCAGGCAUCCUGGGCGAGCUACAUAACAACGUCUUCUGUGGUGUGGCCUGUGGCCGGGGCCGGGUGGCAGGCAAUACCUUCUGUGUGUCCUACUCGGGCCUCCUCUGCCAGUUCAACGAGAAGAGAGUGCUGGAGAAAUGGAUCAACCUGAAGGUCUCCCUGUCUUCCUGCCUCUGUGUCAGCCAAGAACUCAUCUUUUGCGGCUGCACAGAUGGGAUAGUCCGCAUCUUCCAGGCCCAUAGCCUGCACUACCUCGCCAACCUGCCCAAGCCACACUACCUUGGGAUAGAUGUGGCACAGGGGCUGGAGCCCAGCUUCCUCUUCUGCAGGAAGGCAGAAGCAGUCUACCCAGAUACAGUGGCACUGACCUUCGACCCCGUCCACCAGUGGCUAUCCUGCGUGUAUAAGGACCACAGCAUCUACAUCUGGGAUGUCAAGGACAUCAACAAAGUGGGCAAGCUGUGGUCAGAGCUCUUCCACAGCUCCUACGUCUGGAACGUGGAGGUGUAUCCUGAGUUUGAAGAUCAGAGAGCUUGUUUGCCAUCGGGAUCUUUUCUGACUUGUUCCUCAGACAACACCAUCCGCUUUUGGAACAUGGAUAGCAGAACCGACUCUCACUGGCAGAAAAACAUUUUCAGCAAUACCCUGCUGAAGGUCAUAUAUGUGGAGAAUGACAUCCAGCAUCUGCAGGAUAUGUCACACUUCCCUGACCGGGGAAGUGAGAAUGGGACACCCUUGGAUGUGAAAGCUGGAGUGCGAGUCAUGCAGGUCAGUCCUGAUGGCCAGCACUUGGCUUCAGGCGACCGAAGUGGAAAUCUGAGGAUCCACGAGCUGCACUUCAUGGAUGAGCUGGUCAAGGUGGAGGCCCAUGAUGCUGAGGUGUUAUGCCUGGAGUACUCCAAGCCUGAGACAGGUCUCACCUUGCUGGCCUCAGCCAGUCGGGACCGACUGAUCCAUGUACUGAAUGUGGAGAAGAACUACAACCUGGAACAGACCCUGGACGACCACUCCUCCUCCAUCACGGCCAUUAAGUUUGCUGGCAACAGAGACAUCCAGAUGAUCAGCUGUGGGGCCGACAAGAGCAUCUACUUUCGCAGUGCCCAGAGGACCUCAGAUGGACUACACUUUGUCCGUACACACCAUGUAGCAGAGAAAACCACUUUGUAUGACAUGGACAUUGACAUCACCCAGAAGUAUGUGGCUGUGGCCUGCCAGGACCGCAACGUGAGGGUCUACAGUACUGUGAAUGGGAAGCAGAAGAAGUGCUACAAGGGCUCCCAGGGUGAUGAAGGGUCCCUGCUGAAGGUCCACGUGGACCCCUCAGGCACCUUUCUAGCCACAAGCUGCUCUGACAAAAGCAUCUCGGUGAUUGACUUUUACUCGGGCGAGUGCAUUGCCAAGAUGUUUGGCCAUUCAGAAAUCGUCACCAGCAUGAAGUUUACCUAUGAUUGUCAUCACUUGAUCACAGUAUCUGGAGACAGCUGUGUGUUCAUUUGGCACCUGGGCCCAGAGAUCACCAACUGCAUGAAGCAGCACUUGCUGGAGAUCAAUCACCAGGAGCAGCAGCAGCAGCAGCAGCACACCAAGGACAGGAAGUGGAGCAGCCACCCCAGGCAGGAGACAUAUGUAUCCAUGCCCAGUGAGAUUCGUUCCCUAAGCCCUGGAGAACAGACAGAAGAUGAACUGGAGGAAGAGUGUGAACCAGAAGAGCUGCUGAAGACACCAUCCAAAGAGAGCUUGGAUCCAGAUCCUCGGUGCCUGCUGACCAAUGGCAAGCUACCACUCUGGGCAAAGCGGUUGCUAGGAGAUGAGGAUGUGGUGAAUGGCUCAGCCUUCUACACCAAGAGCAGCUACCAGCCACAUGGCCGCUGGGCAGAACGAGCCGACCAAGAGCCCCUCAAGACCAUCCUGGAUGCUCAGGACUUGGAUUGCUACUUUACUCCCAUGAAGCCCAAGAGUCUGGAGAACUCCAUUCUGGAUACAGUGGAGCCACAGAGCCUGGUGGGCUUGCUGAGCGAGUCGGAGAGUCCCCAGGAGGAUGGCUGUGGGCAUCCCUCCUUCCUACCCCUACAGAGGGAUUCUUCUGAGGCUGGCAAGCUCGUCAUCUGCUCACUGGAGGCAGAAGUGACAGUCACAGGGACAGACAGCAAGUACUGUGAGAAGGAAGCAGACGGAGGGCCUGAAGACCAGCAUGGUGACCCCUACCUCAGGGUUUCCUCCAUCAGCUCGAAGGAUCAGAGCCCUCCUGAGGACUCAGGGGAGUCAGAGGCUGACUUGGAGUGCAGCUUCAGCACCAUUCAUUCCCCCUCUCCGCUGCCUGACCUAGACCCUCGGUUUGCCAUGACAGUGCUGCACACACCAGGACGCCCAGGCACCACAGAAGGAGAGUUGUCUCGGCCCGAAGGUCCAGGCAUGUGCAGUGGCUCCCUGCCACAGACUCCUGAGCAGGAGAAGUUCCUCCGCCACCACUUUGAGACACUAACUGACGCCCACCCUGAAGAGCUCUUCCGUGGGUCCCUGAGAGAUGUGAAGGUCUCUGAGGGCGAGGACGACUUCUUCAAUCCCCGGCUGAGCAUCUCAGCCCAGUUCCUCUCACGCCUCCAGGAGACACCCAGGUUCACCCACGCCUUCCCUCCCCGGCUCUCCCCACACCUUGUGAAGUCUCCGGAGGUCAAGCCCACCACAGACCGAGGGAGAAGCCAGCCCAGAGCUGAGCCCCUGAGAGCAGGUACUGGCUACUCCUCCCCAGACAGGACCAACGUUCUCUCUUGGGGGAAGGCUGAGGAGCCCCUCGAGACCCUAGAGGCCUGGUGCCCGCUGACCUCCGGUCUGUCAAGCCUGGCACUCUGUGUCCCUUCCUCCUCAGUGCUGCCCACAGACAGGAAGCCUCCAAUGCCCACAUCCAUACCUGACCCAGGCCUGGCUCAGGGUAUCCGUGCCCCCUCCAUCUGUUCUUAUAUGGAGGCCACUGCCAGCUCCUGUGCCAAAAUGUCACGCAGCAUCUCCCUUGGGAACAGUGAGAGCUCUGUCAUGGUUGAGCAGACCAGGCCCCUCCGCAGGCCCUCAUCUGUGGGGGAGCUAGCCUCCCUGGGCCAGGAGCUCCAGGCCAUCACCACCACAGUGGCACCCAAUUCUGGCAGUGAAGGCCAAAAGCCUGCCCUGACCUCCUGGGGCAACCAUGAGGCCCGGGCCAGCCUGAGACUGACCCUGUCAAGUGUCUGUGACGGGCUCCUGCUGCCCCCAUCUCCACUAGAGCCGCCCACCACAUGUGUCUGGUCCCAGGAGCCUGUGGACACCCACCCUGAUGUCAUGGUCACAGCAGGCAGCUUCCCAACCCCCAACCCCAUGGACAUGAGCGCCCUGAAGCACCACUACUCUGCCUUUCUCCCAAGGCUCCUAACCCUUAGGCCCCUCAACCCUCCUGCCCACCCCAACAGCCCCCAGCUCCCAGAGGCCAGGCCUGGGGUCCCUGAUAGCACUGCCUCCCUCCUGGAGCCUACCUCUGAUGCAUUCAGUCUGAUUCAGGGCAGCCCUGGACACUGGGGGGAGCCCAGGGUGCCAGCCAAGGUCCUGCCCCCAGCUCCCCUUGAGCUGAGCAGUGUGAGGAACGUCUUGCACAGGCUGCAGACUGCCUUCCAAGAAGCCCUUGACCUUUACUACAUGUUGGUCUCCAGCAACCAGGUGAGCGCCCAGCAGGAGCAGGCACGGACUGAGCUGGCAUCCACUUUUCUUUGGAUCCACAGCCAGUUGGAGGCCAAGGACUGGCUGGUUGGGACCAAGGUGGGCCCAGCCCAGCCCCUGCCCAGCCCAGAUCACCCUUCCCCACCUAUACUGUGCCCCCUGGCCAGCCCAGACUUGCAUGCCCUGCUGGAACACUACUCAGAGCUGCUGGUGCAGGCCGUGAGGAAGAAGGCGCGGGGGGACUGAGGGCCAGCAGCGGCCCGCCACCCUCCACCACAGCCCUGCU